GUUACAACGAAUUCAAUCGUAGUUUUCGAGAAAUUAUUGUUCCCCAACAGCACACACGAAAAGUCUGUAAACAUCUGUAUGUGGAGAGCAGGGUGAAGGGCGAGACCCGAAACGCGAGAAGAACUCUGGCCGGAGCAAGGAGCACAGCGGAGGAGGAGGAGCAGCAGCAGCAGCAGCGGAAGAGGAGCACCGCGCGCGCGCAUGUGUCAUAGAAGCCGUCACCAUUAAGUCGUCAAACGAAAGUCGGUCCCGCAAGGCACCGGCCUCAGCAGCGGGCCAUCAUUCAGCCCGUCGCUCUCUGGCGCUCAGCGAGGAUCAGAGGAGGAGCCAUCACCACCAUCACCGCCGAGGAGACAGGACAAGGGAGGAGGAGCUGGACCAGCGUAGCCGACCCAUGCACGGCCGCGAUCCCCGCCAGCAGCAGCCGGAGCCACUGAACAACCUCAACGCCCAUGGUCGCUACCACAAUCGCAUGGUGGCCGGCUCUAACAACUUCGAUGGCGCAAACGUGGGCAAUGUGAGCGCCAGUGCGACAUCCCAGAUCGCCAGGCAGGAGCUUCUGGGACGGCAACAGACGCGCAAUUUGGACAUCAACGAGCCCACCGAACCCUUAACACAGCACCAGCGUCUGUUGGCCCAGCGUCGUUUGGAAACUCAGGGAUUGCUUGCCCUCCAGCAGCGCAACUAUGUUGUUUCCGGCGGAAGGAUUCGAUCGCGGACGGACAGCAGAGUUACUCCCACUACCGCUCCUGCAACUGCACCUCCGCCUAUUGCCAUGCCAGCUCCAGUUCCUGCUGCUCCCGCUACCGUAAAAACUACACCCACGGCUACGCCCACCGCUCCACCAACCCCCGAAUCAGUGAUCCUAGAAGAUAUGCAAAAACGCAUUCAAGAAAUUGGACGGAAGUAUCCACUCUGGCUACCCGAGUACAAGCGAACGGCUUUUAAUGCCUCCAUGGACGAGAAGUACGUGGAGACCAUUUGGGCCAGUUUGAAGAACGCCAUCCAGGAGAUACAGAAGAAGAACAACUCGGGACUGUCGUUUGAGCAGCUCUACCGGAAUGCGUACAACAUGGUGCUGCACAAGCACGGCAACAGACUGUAUUACGGCCUCAGGGAGGUCGUCUCCGAGCACCUGGAGCACAAGGUGCGGACGGACGUGCUGGAGGCACUUCACAGCAACUUUCUGCCCAAGCUCAACCAGGCCUGGACGGACCACCAGACAUCCAUGGUGAUGAUACGCGACAUACUCAUGUACAUGGACAGGGUCUAUGUGCAGCAGCGUGAGGUGGACAAUGUAUACAAUCUGGGAUUGAUUUUGUUCAGGGAUCAGGUGGUUCGCUAUUCGGAGAUCCAAAAGGCACUGCGGGAGAAACUGCUUGGCAUGGUGAUGGAGGAGCGACAUGGCGAACCCAUUAACCAUCUGGCGAUCAAGAACGCUUGCAGCAUGCUGAUCACACUGGGCAUCAACUCGCGCACUGUCUACGAGGAGGACUUUGAGAAGCCCUUCCUGGCCCAGUCGGCGGCAUUUUACAAAUUCGAGUCGCAGAACUUUCUUGCCGAGAACAACGCUGGCGUUUACAUCAAGAAAGUUGAGGCGCGCAUCACGGAGGAAUCCUCACGGGCGGCACUCUAUCUGGACAAGGACACAGAGCCGCGCAUCGUGCGCGUCGUCGAGGAGGAGCUGAUCAAAAAGCACAUGCGCCCCAUUGUCGAAAUGGAGAACUCGGGCGUGGUGUACAUGAUCAAGAACUCGAAGACCGAGGAUCUGGCCUGCACAUACAAGCUCUUCUCGCGCCUGAAGGAGGAGGGUCUCAAGGUGAUAGCGGACACCAUGUCGGCAUAUCUGCGGGAGCAGGGACGCAUGCUGGUCAAGGAGGAGGAAAACGGCAACACGAAUCCCAUCACAUUCGUGCAGAACUUGCUGGAUCUCAAGGAUCGGUUCGAUCAGUUUCUGGUGCACUCGUUCGCCAACGAUCGCAUCUUCAAGAACGUCAUCUCAUCCGAUUUCGAGCAUUUCUUGAACCUGAACAACAAAUCGCCGGAGUAUCUAUCGCUUUUCAUCGAUGACAAACUGAAAAAGGGCGGCAAGGGAAUGAGCGAGCAGGAAAUUGAGUCCAUCUUGGAUAAAACAAUGGUGCUCUUCCGUUUUCUAUUGGAGAAAGAUGUCUUUGAGCGCUAUUACAAGACGCAUUUAGCCAAGCGAUUGCUGCUAAACAAAUCAGUCUCAGAUGAUUUCGAAAAGAACAUGAUAUCCAAACUAAAGACUGAAUGCGGCUGUCAAUUCACCUCGAAGCUAGAGGGCAUGUUUAAGGACAUGUCGGUCUCCAAUACGAUCAUGGAUGAGUUCAAGAGCUAUGUAAAUAAUAACAAUUUAUCUCUGGGCGGUGUUGAGUUAACGGUACGCAUACUAACCACCGGCUUCUGGCCCACGCAGACAGCAACUCCCAACUGCAACAUACCUGCCGCACCCCGCGAAGCCUUUGACAUUUUCAAGAACUUCUAUCUGAACAAGCACUCAGGGCGUCAGUUGACGUUACAGCCACAAAUGGGAACCGCCUAUAUAAACGCUGUGUUUUAUGGCCGCAAAGCAGCCGAAAGUGAAAAAGAUAAGGAUGCACCCAGUUCCAGUUCGAGCGGCUGUGCAGUGCCCACCACCACACGCAAGCACAUUCUGCAAGUGUCCACCUACCAGAUGUGCGUGCUACUGCUAUUUAACAACCGCGACGUGCUCACCUACGAUGACAUCCACCAGGAGACGGACAUACCGGAACGGGAGCUGGUGCGAGCCCUGCAAUCGCUGUCCAUGGGCAAACCCGCUCAGCGUUUGCUGGUGCGCAAUUCCAAGACGAAAACUAAGGACAUCGAGCCCACGGAUGAGUUCUAUGUGAACGAUGCCUUUGUCUCCAAGUUCCACAGGGUUAAGAUCCAAACUGUGGCCGCCAAGGGCGAGUCGGAGCCAGAGCGCAAAGAGACGCGCGGCAAGGUCGACGAGGAUCGUAAGCAUGAGAUCGAAGCGGCCAUUGUGCGCAUCAUGAAGGCGCGCAAGCGCAUGGCUCACAACUUGCUGGUGUCGGACGUGACGUCGCAGCUGAAGUCGCGCUUCUUGCCCUCGCCCGUGUUUAUCAAGAAGCGCAUCGAGGGUCUAAUCGAGCGCGAGUAUCUGCAGCGAUCACCCGAGGAUCGGAAAGUUUACAACUACUUGGCAUAAGCGGCUAAUGCGGAGCAGUAGCAGUAGCAGUAGCAGCAUCUCGAUCCGAAUUCGGACCACCACUCAUCUUCAAAACCGCCAGGGCUAGCACACUGAAAACGAAUUCCGAGUCUCGGAUAGCGCAUGCGAAUGAUAUUUUUGACCACGACCAUAGAUGACCGCCAGCCAAUAACCCAAAAGCAUUAUUAUACCAAUAUUAGUACGCCCCCCCCCGAAUUGUGAAAUUUCGAUUCGCAAAAAAACCCAUUUUGUAAGCCUGACAUUCAAAAUUGAUCAGUUUAAAAUGCUAUUGGAUAAGACAAGCCUCACACCAUAAUUAUUAUCCCUCUAAUAUAUUUCUUGAUAUUCUCUAACCACUGUUUUACCGGUCAUUUCUUUGCGCAUAGCAAGUGUAUAGCAGUAUGCCCAGCCCACACACACAUCUGCACACCCAAUUCAGAGCCACACCCACAUCAUUAUCCACCCACAUGAAUCGUACGCAAAGCAAGAUAAGAGAAAUAAUGCAUAAUGCAAGCACUAGUUGUAAGCAGAUGAGUAAAAGGUAAAGAAGCAAACAACAGAAAUAAAAGCAAAAAAAAAAAAAAGAAUAUUAAUAACUAUAAAUAUAGCUAAAAUAAUAAAUUUAUAAAUGAAUUAUUAAAUUUAGUGAGCGUUUGAUGAUGUACAUUUAUACGUCUGACCCAAAUCCAAUUCCCAAUUCCUUUGCUAAAACAUUCAAGCCACCUUUUGAGAUUGAUGUGAACAUAAGACAUAAAGAUUGCAAUGUGAUUUGUUCAUUAUUCCUAUCUUUAUUUUUGUGUACGCCCAAAGCAAGUGUUUAACGUGCAGUGAUUACUAUAAUCUGUAUCUGUAUGAAAGUUGUUUUAUCUAUUAGUUGAUAUGCGGAUUCAAUUCCAAGUAUAUAGGCAACAGUUCUGUAAUGGAUUUGAAUUAAGUAGGACACAAAAAAGAAUUCAUUUUGAAUAAAACACGAGAGAAACAAUUUAACGCCGAACAAAAGCAUGAAAACGGAAGCAAACGCGAUCUAAAUAUUGUAAAUACAUUUUUGUUCUUACGUAUGAAAAAUCGAUAUAAAUAAAACGUAUAAUGAGCGUUAACAUUUAA